CAGCUUUCCACUGCAUGUUUACAUAAUCCGAAGUGAUAUGAGGUCUUUGUGUUAAGCCUCGUGCUACACGUUAUCCUGUAAACUGUUUAAGAGGAAGUUACCAAGAUUAAAUUUUCAGCAGUUUUUUUCCCCAGCCUUGAACUUUGUUUUCCCCCAAGACUCAUUCAAUGGUCAUGGGUGAGGUGACAGUGUGAUAUCAAGUUUGCCCUCCCUCAUGAAGCAUCCUCCUACUUAAUUGGUUGUCUCUGUAUCCAAUUGCAUAACUUGUAGCAUCAGGUGAUGUUCUCGUCCCAUGCCGAGGAUGUAUAAAAUCGUUACAAUUUGAGCAGGACUCUGACAUCUCAACGUCAUUAGAUUGUUCUCAUCACAGCUGUAGGGAGUGAUUUGAAAUUCCGAUACCAAGAGGCAACACCAUGAAGCUGCUGGCUGCUCUGGCUAUCUGCUCCUCAUUCUUCCUGGUGACUGCCAGAAAUAAGCCUCAACCUUGUGUUGGACCAAAGCUUCUGGAAGGUCGAAUGGCUACUUUCAACCCGAGCAAGCAGUAUGAGGUGUGGUCCAAGUUCUCCUUUGACGGGAUAGGAAAGAGGAUAUAUGCUGAAAAUUUGGUGGUGAUGGACAAAGGCAUUAAAGUCUUUGUGUGGGAUUUCUUCCUGUUCAAAGAGAACGUUAUGUACCAAUUCUACCCCCAAAAUAAGACGUGUGUGAAGAAUCCUCUUCGUGUUCCAUUCCUGCCCAUUGCAAUUCCCCAAAAUGCAACAUUUGUUACUCAGCUGUACAUUGGAGGCUCCUCUGCUCCGGGAGAGGGGAUGCUGGCCAAUGUUUGGAGCGGUGAAGUUGGCACUGUGCACUACAUGUUGACGUUCACAGAGGUUGGCUGUCUCCCUGUAUCGGAGCUGUAUUACAUCAAGGAGACCGGCUGGGUCACUGAGAUGUUCUAUGACUUAACCACAGGAAUCCAUAAUCCCACUGUAUUUAUACCUCCUGCGGAGUGCUCUCACCUAAACUGAAUAAGUGAGAAUAUUUGCUCUCGAACCUGAUACAAUAGAAAAAUUUAUCUGAAAAACUGGAAUAAAGAACAAUUGGCCUGUC